AUGCUGCCGCCAGGGCCCGUGCCCGGCACCAACAUCGCAGCCAGCCCACCGCACGCAGCCAGAGCAGAGGGCGCGGCGCCCCGUUCGGGCCGCUCUUCACCGAGGCCCGGCGCUGUGGCGGCCUCGUUGGUGCAGCUUCUGCCUGCGCCGCCCGUGGCGUGGUGGUCGGCAAGCUUGCCGUCGUUCUGCAGUGGGCACCUCCCUCGUGCUGAUGGCAGGACAGCGGCCGCAGUACGGCGAGGAGUGCGCUGGGGAGGGCGGCGGGGAGGGCAGCAGGUCGACGCCGGCGUCGAGACGCUGGCCGCCGCGUGCGCGGAAGUGCAGCAUGACGACGAAGGCACGGGGACGCAGAUCGACGCGGGCAGGGGCGACAAGAUGCCAGUGGGCGGCUUGGGGGCGGGCACGGAGGCGCAGUUGGGCGGUUUCGAGGCGGCGAGCGCGGGGACCUUUGUCAGGCGGCUUCGUGUUCGCAGGCGCGACCGCCGCCAUCUUAGCCGCCCUGCAGCCCUCUUUUCCAGGUUCGUAUCGGUGUCCAGCGAUUCCAGCGGGGCGGCGCCACCGCGGAGGGCCGACGAGGACUUCGGGCAAAACGGGUUCGUCGUAGAUGACUUCGAAGGGGAUGAGGGGCUCGGCGAGAUGUGGGGAUGCAGGAGGCGUUCGACGUGGGUUUGCACGACGGGUUCGACGAGCCCGUCUGCCAAAGGCCGGAGUGGUCGCGAGCGUCCUUUCGGCGGCGUCGGGCCCCAGAACUCCGUGGAAUCGGUGCUGGGCGUGGGCGCAGUCACCGCGCGUGGCGGGAGCGCCAUGAGGCGGGCCUUCAGGGGGCCUCAGCGGAGUCGUGGACGGCUUCAGGUUGGCGUCGAUGGCGCGCCACUGGAGAUGGCACGCAUUUCUGUACCAAGCCUUGCUUUAAGUUCCGUUGUGCAUAGGCCACUCUCCUUGCUGCGUCGGACUGUCGCAGUGUUAUACCUGCACAGCAGCUGA